UACAGCCUACUAUAGACUAAAUCAAUCAUAAUUUGACACUGUGGAUUUGAAUAAACAUGGGUAACAGAAAAAGCAAGCUAAAACCUGAAGUUUUAGAGAAAUUAACCAAACAGACUAAAUUCACAGAAGCUGAACUACAUCAGUGGCAUAAAGGUUUCCUGCAUGAUUGUCCAACUGGCAAACUGUCAUAUGAAGAAUUUCAAGGAAUUUAUCGUCAAUUCUUUCCGCAGGGAAAUUCAGCAAAGUUCGCGAAAUUGGUGUUUACAACAUUUGAUGAUAAUAAAGAUGGUACAGUGGAAUUUGAGGAGUUUAUUAUUGCGCUGAGUGUUACAUCUCGUGGAACCCUGGAUGAGAAACUUCACUGGGCAUUCCAGUUAUAUGAUCUUGACAAUGAUGGAUUUAUUACCAAAGAUGAAAUGUUAAAUAUUGUUGAAGCUAUUUUCGCAAUGGUGGGAGAUGCUGUGAAUUUACCCGCAGAAGAAAACACGCCCCAAAAGCGAGUGGAAAAAAUAUUUAAAGUGAUGGACAAGAAUAAAGAUGGGAAAUUAACAAAAGAUGAAUUUUUAGUUGGUGCAAAAAGUGAUCCUUCUAUCGUACAAGCUCUUUCUAUCUACGAUGGUUUGGUUUAAAAUACAUAUAGCGUGUUAUAAUCUGGCAAUGUAUUGGUGAAGAUAAAAGUAAAGGGUUUAUAAUUCUUUAUGUGAAUAUGCGUUUUAUCUUUUAUUCCACAUUUCAGUACUUUUUAUUGGAUUUUUACAAAACGGUAAUAUUGAUAUGUCUGUACUUUCUAUAUGAUGUUGUUUUUCAUAUAUUAUACACUUUACACUUGAUGUCAUUUAUCAUAUAUACAAACACACCUUUUACAAAAGCCAAAGAGUGCAGUACUGUGGGGUAAGAUGGGAUGCCGCCAACACCUGAAUCCAAUGUUUCCUGAUUCUAUUUUAAACAAUUACCAACGCUCUUUAAGAGUCGCGGGUCAACGGUUAUACAACUCUGAAAAUAUUAUUUGUUUACUACCAAAUGCGACAAAAGAAUAAAAAUAUGUUCCAUCUUACCCCACCCUACUAUUCUAACCUUUACCGUCUACUCCACCAAAACCAUGUACACGAAAUUAAUCAGUAGCGUUACGCGCCUCAUGUUGGAACAUAUAUCUGGCUUAAGCCAACACGCUUGGGUAAAACGGCAUAAAUUAUUCAUCGGCUAACGAUCGUAUGCCAACCACGGACAAGCACGAAAAUAAGCCCAUUCCUAUUCGCAACUUAAUGUAGUAAUUAUAGAUUUUCUUGAACCUUAGAAUCUAAUAGAACCUCUCACGGCGUUUACCGAUAAAACGAGCUGUAUCCGUGUGUAGCUGAGUUUACAAUAAGGGUCGAUAUAUAUUUUUUAACACAAUAUCCUAUUAUGUCUCAUAUACCCUCUCUGUUUGAUGUUGUCAUUGUGACUACUUGUGUUCUAUUUUUAUAUUUCGAGAUAUUGAAAAUUUACAACAAGCUUUUAUGAAAUUAUUAAUAAUUUAACAAUAUUGACCUUGUCACGCCAAAACUACGUCACAUUCCAUACUUUUACGCAGCUAUUAUAUCUUGGCUCUAUGCCCGGUUAAUAAUUAAACCAGUAUACGGUUUGCCAUAUAUUACCACGGUGGUGUCGCUUGUUUAACCAGCGGCAGCGUUUAUAAUCAUGCGCAAAACAUCAACGGCUUUUGUUCAUUUUAUAUCGCACGCAUUUUAUUAACACCAUUAUCGCUAUCAAGUGUUAACAAUACUGCGCACUAUUUCUUGCACUAGCGAAGAUUUUUUCUGUCACCAGAGCUAAAUAAUGUACGUACUUGGGAAGCUGAACCGUUCAAUUAUGUUUCAGUUCUAAUUUUGUGGUCGUUUUACUGUUGUGGAGUAUAAUUGUAUUAUAUUAUUAAUUUCUGUUUUCUGCGAAUCGUGUUUCUUUAAUUUUGUAAUAAAAUAAAUUAACGAUA